GAGAGGGAGAGGGAGGGAGACUGGAACUCAGUUCCACACAGCAAACCCACACGGUUUCAGAAAGACGGUCUCUCCUGCAGCGCACACACACACACACACUCUCUCUCUCACCGCUGGCUGUGGAUUCUCCAUCUUAUUCCAUUCAUCUGUAGGCCAUUUUGUCGGAGAACCAGCCAGACCCACCUCAGGGUGCAGGAGAAUGGAAAGAAACAUGUGACCGACCCGUGCGCCACUGUUGACAGCAUGCUUCGCCUCCACCGGACCUUGGUGCUCUGCUUCUGGUGUUUUUUCAUACUUCACGGGCAGGCUGGGGCUGACGAAGAGGCCCACUGGGGACCAACACCAACAAGGGACAACCCACCUGAAAAUAAAUCAAGCUGGUUUUGGAUCCCGCCCCUGCCAAAGCUCCCUUCUCUUCCAUCACUGCCAUUCAGUAAUCCCUUUUACAGGAGCUCGGACAGUAACGACAAGGCCACGUUGACGACAAUUGCCAAGGGGCUAACAGAACCAAUUGAUCACUUGCAAGACUCAGGCUCAGGAGAAGGGAGCAAUUCUGAGGCAUCUGAACCACCCACCACUUCCACCCAGGGGCUCCUAACCAGCGUGACAAAGAUAAGAACUGAAUCACUUCCCACAGGGACAUCAGAUUCUCCACACAGCAGCAUAGCACAGACCGACAAUGAUGCUCUUGUUUCAGACUCCUACUCUCCCACAAGCAGCUCUAUCAGAAGCAGUCUGUUCACCAACAGUCCCACCAACACAAACACUCCUGAACAAAAUGCAACACAUACCCACCCACCACAGGGUACUACACAAGCAGCUGGACCCAGCAUGGGUGCCACUGUGCAACACCUCCCAGAGGGAAACACUGAUAAAGAAGUGGCUGAAGAUUUUACAAGAAAGAUCUCUUCAACAAUAGCACCAGAAACUACAGUUCCCACUGCUGUGACAUGGGCAGCAGCCCAAACCACCACAACAAACCCAGGACUGGUAGAGACCACACUGACCAACAGACACCCUCUGAGGCCUGUUACUCCCCCUGUGUCCUCAGAAACCACAUUUGUCAGAAAACCACAAGACUCGACUGUUAGUAUUAUGCUCCACGCUGGAGAGGCCACAACGCGAGAAACUGACCUGGGCUUCUCCGAGGCCAGGUCGGGGCCUGUGGAAGAACAGCGCGGGGUAACCACCACUGCCAUGGGGAUCAAUCACAAACUAGUGCUGGGAUCCAUAAGAAGCACAACUCAGAGCCAAAGGGUUAACUUCCCAAUAGCAGGAGAGCUGCCAGGCAAAGAGGAUAAGGAGGAUGAGGAGGCUGAGGAAGGUGUGGUUCCUUCAGCUGCAGACAGGGAUGGUGACGCCGGGAGGUUGGCAGACAUCUCCACGCUGUCCACUAAGCUGCUAACAACAUCCCUGUCACGGAGCACAGGCAUUCCCCCAGAAACUCCACAUAUUCCUCUCGAUACUGAAGACUGGAAGUCCAACCCAGUGGACAGCGACAUCACCUUCCUUCCAGACUGCAAUAAAGAACGUUCUGGGAUCUGCAACCUCUCAAACACCUGGGACUCCACCACCACCUUGGACAUCAGACCCACACAAAACACCACUGCCACAAACCAGUCAUUCAACCCUUUCCUGAUCCCGGCUCCACCCAUGUUGGUGCCCCUGUACACUGACUGGAACAGUGCCAUGGCAGCUUGGGGCCUGGCCUGGGAAGCACAUGUUUACGGCGCUGGUUGUGUCUUUGCUAUGCUAACACUAGCCUCAGCGCUCAAUCUGCUCUGCCUACCACUGCGAUGCCCAUCUGGAUGUGGCUACUUUGCUCUGGUCAGCCUGUUCCUCCUAGCUGCUGGUUGUACCAGAUCGUUCUCGCUCCUGUACGAUGCCUACGGCCACCAGGAUCGCUUGCCCUCCACUGAGGCCUCACUGAUGCUCUAUGAAGCCCCAUUUCCCUGCCUGACUGCAGCUUUCGGCCUGGUUUUCCUUCUCCUCUCCAUGCGCUCAAGAAUGCAGCUGUCCUACUCAGCCUUCCAGAGACCUUGUUUCCUGGCCUGCCUGGUUGUCCUGCACUUUGCUGCAGCGUUCGGUCCAGUGGCAUUACUGAAGUUCUACCAGCAAAAGCCUCCCCUUUGUCUCUUUCUUUCCCUCAUCUCCCGGGGAGCCUUUGUAGUGCUGGCCACAUUUCUGUCUGCUGCCUAUUUUGUGUUCUACAUUUACGUGCGGGCAGACUCGAAGCACAUCUACCACCUGAACAACACUUCUCCAACACCUGCUGAGCGCUACAACCGCUGUCCCUUUGCUGAGAGCCGGGACUGGGACCGUGCAGCUGUAACCGUUUGUCUUUCAGCAUUGUUUUCUUUAGCAUGUGCAGGACUGCAGUUAUAUGCAAUGCUCAAUGCUAUGGGUGUUGCAGGUGGAGAGGAGGUCUUCCACCCCUGGCCCUGGUGGACUUUUCAGUUUAGCUGCAGACUCUGUGAGCUUGGAGUUUGUCUCACCUUAGCCUUGGUGGUCGCACAACCAGUCUACUGUUCUGACCAUCUUCCAGCUGCAGGAAGCUGCUGGACUGAAUUGCUGGCGACCAAAUCGCCCAUUCUGCCUGGGAGCUACCAGUGGACCCUUAGCCAGCAGGAGAAACUCGCCAUUGUUGACACAGUUGGGCUUGGAGAGACUGAAAGCCUUCCUCUUUACACUCUGAUGGAUGAGAGGCUUGGUAGCAGUCUGAAUGGCCUAGACCUCCUCUACCACAGUAACCGGGCUUUAGCAUACCGAGACCUGGACUUGGAUAUGGACUUACAAGGGUCAGAAAAACCUGAGGAUGGAGGAGGCCGAGAGCCAUCAGGUGGCUCCUCAUUUACCAGUGACUCCACUACAGACUUGCGGCCACCUUCGCCCAUCAACCUUCGUCGCAGCAUAGACGAGGCACUUUUCAGUGAGGCCCUCUUUCCCAUAAGUCUCUUCAGCUCUACUAGGCCUAUUCGCUGCAGUGAUCUGUCAAUAAACAACCACUGUGCACUUCCCAGCAACAGCCUCUGUGAUCCUCUUUCUGCUGACCCCGGCCUUUAUCGGACAUCUUCUUGCGUGGAGAUUGUCUCUCAGCCCCAGCCCCCUACCACCCAAUCUCAAGGAGAAACUGUUGUAGGUGCACCACCAUCUCCCUCCCUGUCCUCCUCCUCCAGCUGUUCAUCCCCCGAACGCUGGAGGGGCAGCUCUUCCUCCUGUUCCCUCUACCGAGCCUCUCUCGGGGGCUCCUCACUGGUCCUCUGCCCAAGCCCUGAAAGACAUGCUCAGCAGCUUCUCCAGCAAGGGGGCACGGGCCAUGUAGUGACGUCUGGCCACCAGGCCCAUGCUGACCCACAGAGGAAUUAUCAUACACUGGGCGCGGCCUCACAGGAGAGCCUAGACCUAGACAUGUCAUCGGAGGCAGACCGAUCGGUGCAGGAGGAAUUCAUCAGUGUUUGCAGACAAAUCGAUGCUUUGAGCAUCUGCAGUGAGACUAUUGAUUUAUAAAAGGACGUUAUGGUCAAACAAGGGUUACACUGAGGACUUACUGAGAGGGGUGUCUGCUUUGCGCAGCAAGGUGACCUUCAUGGUUUUUAUAGCCUAUUUGGUAGAGCAUGGUAGCUUUUGCAUACACCAUAAAAGACCCAUAGCUGCCAAAAUGAAGGUUUUGGAGGUUGAUAAGCUUUCUUAUGUGGUCAUUUGUGAAUGUCUACGAGGGUCUAAGUGCCAAGAAUGUCAAAAGCCAAAAGGUAAUUUGUAACUUUUACAUGUUUGAUAAAGGCUGGUGAAGUUUGAUACAGUCAAAAGUAUAGUAACAUUUUACUGAGUGGAGAUAACAGGAUUUUUUAUUUGUACAAUGUUUUUAUUGCAUUCCAACAUUCCAAUAGAUUGUACUGUGACUGAAUUAAGCACUUAUUAAAUACUACUGAAGUAAUAUACAUUCAAAUUCAGCAGAAUAUCAGUCAUUAAAGCUCAUAUUGAAUAAAUUGGAUUAAAGUUAAGUUUGUCAAACAAUAAACUCUUCAUACCAAUGCUACACAGCUUACUUAGUUAUGGUGCAGCAGUGCCCUCUACUGGUAAAAUGCACACUAUGCUACCGUUUCCCUCUGCAUUUAUUACCAAUGGACUGUGCUUCUACAUAUACUGAUAGCAUCCUCUAUGACCGUCUUACUAAUUUAUUUAUGUUCCAACAUAACUUUGCUCAACACACUGUUUAAUAAAAUUUGUUUUAUAACACUGGGCUAAUUUUAUUUAAAUUCCAUUCUGAUAUUUUUCAAUGUGAUUUCACAACUCGUGAAAUAAGACAGUAGUCCACACACGUUAUGAUUUAUUUAUUCUUCUUUACCAUAUUGAACAGCAAAAGCAACUUUCUUCUGUUGAGUGUUUUACUGUAAACAUGUUCUGAAGUGAUAUUUCUCAAAAACCCCAAUGGAUUUAUUGACUACUGAGUCUUUUCUGUCCAUCUAAAAAGCCCUUGUGCACUGUUUUGGUUGCUGGAUGCAGAGGCUACCAGUACGGCAACUGUAACUGCUUUUCAGUAUAGUGAAAUUUAAAUCAUAAAAAAGUGCAACACACACACAAAAAAAAAAAAAAACAA